AUGACAAUAAAGGUGUCUGUCAUUGGGGGCACGGCGCUGGUUUUCGACCCGUCUGACUGCGUCAUCCUGCGCAAGGAGCACGGCAUUGCUGGCGUGCUCACAGGAACGCUUCCCAGCGCCCCGCAGCAGAGCUUGUUGCUGGGUGUUCCCUUGCGCCUGUGUGUCGAGGAAGUGCUGUAUCUGUACGAGCAGGAGGCCGUUGAAUUUGUUCGGCCGCUUGAGCCGGACACUAGUGCAGAAAGCCGCGAUGAUUCAUUUUUUCGGACGCCCGAUGCAGCGGAAUCAGCUGCGAUGCCGGACCAGGAGCAUGUCCUGACAAAGUACGUGUCUGGACAAAGACGGGAUUUGGACGAGCUUUAUCGGACAUACUGCAUUUUCAAGACGGUGAAGGAAAAGGGCCAUUUCACGCUUCCUGGACUGCGGUUUGGGGGCAAGUUCGUGUCGUAUCCGGGCGACCCGCUGCGAUACCACUCGCAUUUCAUCAUAAAUACCAAGGAUUUCUACCGCGACAGGCUGGACCUGGUGCAGCUGGUGAAGGGCGGCCGACUGGCUACCGGGACGAAGAAGAUGUGGCUACUGGCCGGAGAAAGGGGCCCUGGGACUCGAAAAAAAACGGCUCUGCAGGUGUUGAAUCGGGAAACCAGAACCGUAUGUUUCUCUGUUGAAUGGGCUGGUUUCGGAUAA